AACCAACAACAGGAAGAAAAGCGGUUGAUCUGUCAAAAAAAGAACAACAACGUAAUCUUCCCUUGCAAAAGCGAUUUCUGGAAGCCAAAAUUAUACCCCGAACGCGUCCAUCCGCAUAUCGAACCGAAACAUUACUUGCUUACGGACUCAAAACGCAGCUACAGCUUACCGCAGCCGGUGCAGGACACGAUGUCCAAAGCGAAUAAAAUUGUGCUGCGAAUCCAAUCAGCUGAUGGCACGAAGCGCAUCGAAACAGAGCAAACGGUUCCGACAAAAGGCUUGUACGAGCUGGUCAAAGCAGCAUGUGGGUUCGAUCAUUACGACUUUGCACUGUACCGUGAGCGAAACUACACAAAGGAGAUUGUUUCCAGCGGUUCACAGGAAGUGAAAGAUAUUGGUCUCAAACAUGGUGAUAUCGUAUAUUUACGGCUAGUAGAGGGGCCUUCUACUUCAAAGGCCGCGGAACGGAGUGCGUCGGUUAAUUCGUUAGCUUCAAGCCACAGUUCCUCCCUGAGCAGUGCGACAUUCAGCCGAGAGGCUACCCCGUCGACCAGUUCCAAACCAUCCACAUCAGCAGCAGCAGAGCUCGCCAUCUUAGAGGAUGCUGUCGACUUGGAGCUAUACAAGCAGGACGGCCGCAUCAAACGUAACCGUGACGCGAAGCUCUGCCGCCACAAUUCGAACGGAUGCUGCGUGCACUGCUCACCACUGGAACCGUGGGACGAAAACUACCUCAAGGAGCAAAAGAUAAAGCACUUCAGCUUUCACUCCUACCUGAAGAAGCUAACGUCCGGCGCUGCCCGCGGAAAGUUCGUUGCGCUCGAGGAUUUGAACUGCAAGAUAAAGUCAGGCUGCCGGGACCAUCCGCCGUGGCCGAAAGGCAUCUGCUCGAAGUGCCAACCGUCGGCAAUCACGCUUAACCGGCAACCGUACCGGCACGUCGACAACGUGAUGUUCGAGAACACGGGCAUCGUCGAGCGGUUCCUCAACUACUGGCGAACGAGCGGCCAUCAGCGAAUCGGUUUCCUGUUCGGCAAGUACGAACUUCACCCCGACGUUCCGCUCGGCAUCAGGGCGCGUGUGGCCGCAAUUUACGAGCCACCGCAGGAGAGCAACCGGGACUCGAUACGCCUGCUGGACGAUCCGCACGAUGCGGACGUAGACGAGCUGGCACGGUUGCUCGGUUUGCAGCGUGUUGGGUGGAUCUUUACGGAUUUGUUGAGUGAGAAUCUGGCCAGCGGGACGGUGAAGCACGUGCGCAACAUCAAGACGCACUUUCUUACCGCGCAGGAGUGCAUACUGGCAGGACAUUUGCAGAACAAAUAUCCUAACCGCUGCAAGGACUCGUCCAACGGAUACUUUGGUUCGAAAUUUGUGACAGUUUGUGUGACCGGUGACGAGAAGAAACAAGUGCACAUGGAAGGUUAUGCCGUAUCGGCACAGUGUAUGGCGCUGGUGCGAGACAACUGUCUCAUUCCUACGAAGGAUGCGCCCGAGCUAGGAUAUAUACGCGAGUCGUCCGAUAAGCAGUACGUUCCGGACGUUUACUACAAGGAAAAGGAUGUCUAUGGUAAUGAGGUGCAACGCUUGGGGCGACCCCUGCCGGUCGAGUAUCUGCUGGUCGAUGUGCCGGCGUCGACGCCGCUCGUUCCGCUGUACACAUUCCUGGAGCGGAAGGAUGCCAAGCAGUACUUCCCGGUCGAGAACAGACUGAUCGACGGUCACAUACAGGAUUUUUCGGCCCUUGCCGACUAUUUGGCAAAAUCACGUUCGCUGCCCUUCCUGGAUGCUGUGUCCGAUUUUCACUUGCUGUUUUAUCUGUACCGCAUGGAGGAUAUGCUGCCGAUGAAAUCCCAGCUGGGCCCACUGCUAGAAGCGGUCCGCACCAAGGAUAAGGCAAAGGCUAAUGAGUGGAAAUCGCGAGAGGUGUGGAAAACGCUCGAAGAGCUAAUUGAGGCCAGCUCCAAUCAUGAUGAUUCUAGCAUGAGCAACGAUGUCGAAUUUGUGCCGAGCGGUGAUGCGGAACAGAACUGGAUCUGUACGUUCUGCACGUUCAUCAACAGCCGGGAGCUGCCGGCGUGCGAGAUUUGCAAUCUUCCCAGAUCCAGACAAUGAAGAGCUUAGCUUGGUGCCCAAUGCCCAAUGCUGUUGCUAGGCACAUAAAACCAACGGGGAGGAAAAAAAACGGCAAGCAUCAUCAUCAGCUCAUCGACAAAGAUCCUGCGAAACACUGCAAACUUUUAACUCUAGUUCACCCUACAAUCGGUGAACAUACCACUGGAGCGGCAAAUGUGCUUUGGGAGGCAACCAUUAUCAUGCAGCGUUACGGCUACCACAUAUAGCUAUAAGCUGGGGAGGGCUUUCUUUUUAGUCUAAUGCAUAACGAAUAACACUUCGGUUGACUAGACCAGAGGGAAAGGAUGGAAACAAGUUGAGCAGGUGUUGAGUGGUCAACCCAAACACACUCUCUCUCUCUAUCUCUCUCUCAAACACAGUCUAUUUCUCUCUACGUCACACUGUUUCUUGAGGGGUGCAUGAAAGCAGCAGCUAAGACAUGAGCGCAAGCGGUGAGCCUAAGCGUAGGGAAAUGAUUAAAUUAUUUAUUCAACAACAACAGCAUCUGGCUACGGUGUGAGCCAUUCCCGGUUUCCCUCACCCCCUCACCCCCCCCCCCCCUCCCCCACCCCCAUCCGGUGUCAGCGUCCAGACAAGGUUAAAGCAGAGAUGAUCACAUUGAAGGUGGAAGUCGACCACAAACAGAAAACUGAUAAAUCGAUAGCAAGGUAAACUGAUUCAAAUAAAGCCCAUCAUACAAGCA